CACCCCUCUAAACGACGUUCCCACGUCCUAUAUCCUUCCAUUCUCCCUCCCCCCGAGGUCUUCUCAUAUCACCGCCACGAUGAACACCGCUCGUGUCGCCCGUCUUGGCCUGCGUGCCACCCAGCAGUUCUCCGUCCCUCGCACUGCCGCUCUCAACGGUUUGAGGACUUAUGCUACCCCGGCUCAGAACGUCAAGCCCCCCGUGGCUCUCUUCGGCGUUGAUGGAACCUAUGCCACUGCUUUGUACACUGCCUCUGCCAAGACCUCCGCUCUCGACCAGACCUCCAAGGCUCUCUCCAGCCUCGCUCAGACCUUCAAGGCCGACCGCAAGCUGACCAACCUCAUCGCUGCCCCCACCCUCACCGCCAGCGACAAGCAGCAGAUCAUCCAGGAGCUCCAGAAGAUCGCCGGUAACGACAAGGGCGACAUCAUCAAGAACUUCCUGCAGACUCUGGCUGUGAACAACCGCCUCGGUCUCCUUGAGCACAUCUGCGAGAAGUUCGAGACCCUGAUGGGUGCUCACCGUGGUGAGAUGGAGGUUACCAUCACCAGUGCCCAGGAACUCGACAACAAGACCAUCAACCGCCUUGAGAAGGCCGUUUCCAAGCACGAGCUCAGCCAGGGCAAGAAGCUCAAGAUCGUUACUAAGGUCAACCCCGACAUCGUCGGCGGCCUCGUCCUGGAGAUCGGCGACCGCACCAUCGACCUCAGCGUCUCGUCCAAGAUCGCCAAGCUCAACAAGGCCCUUACCGAUGUUCUGUAGAUUAUAAAAUAGGCUAGAAUCUGAUUUUCCCUUUGACAUGUAUCGUACAGUCCCAUAGUCGUGCGUCAUCCGCGCCGCUUCCAAGAGACAAUUCUCGAGUUCUGGAAAGCAAUGAAUGGACAGGAUGAGAGUUCGUUUUCACUUGAUAUCUGCAUUUCUUCUUUAAUAUAUUUUUCUAGUGAGAGCAUGAGGGGAAGGGG